UAUUAUAUACUCUGUCACUUAUUAUGCAAGACUGUGCAAUUCAAUUCAUUUAUCUUAAAAUAUUGUAAAGAAAAUUACCUAAAGAACUUUCACUUAAGAAUAAUUCUAAAUUUAGUGAAUAUCUUAUUAAUAUUAAUAAUUAUUUUAAUCUCCAUAUAACGCAUAAUGACCACAUUGUCAUGUCAUAUCAUUUAAUUAGUCGAUAAAGAAAUAAUCUAAAUCAUGUAUAAAUGAUAAGUACACGCAUGUAUUGACCGAAAUAAUUUCAUUUCUAAAAUGUGGCUCUUAGUGUUAGCGUUCUUUGUACUUCUCUUCUAUUACUAUGGUACAAAAAAUCACGACUAUUGGAAAAAGAGAGGCGUAAAGUACGAUGAACCGAUCAUUUUCUUCGGCAGCAACCUCAGCCAUAUCAUCAAGAAACACAGCCUGUCCGAGAGGUUCUAUGAACUCCACAACCAAUACCCUGAUGAGAAAUAUGUCGGUUAUUUCGAAGCGACCAACCCGGCCAUACUCGUGAGAGACCCUGAAUUGAUCAGGGCUAUUUUAGUGACUGACUUCAGAUACUUUCACAGACGUGGUUUGAGCCCACAUAAGCAAGAUAUAGAGCUUCUAAUGCGUAAUUUAUUCACGGUAGAUGGAGACGCGUGGAAACUACUCCGUCAGAGAAUGACACCAGCGUUUUCAAGCGCCAAAUUGAAAGCCAUGUUCCCUCUAAUUGUUGAACGUACUGCGAAGCUAUCUGUUAUAGCAGCGUCGUUCGCGGAAAAGGGGGAAGAGGUGGACGUCCGCAAUCUAAUAGCUCGUUAUACGACAGACUUUAUUGGAGCUUGCGGAUUCGGUAUCGACUCUAAAACGUUGGACGAUGAAGAAAACGAAUUCAGAAGUCUCGGAAAAAGAAUCUUUAUGAUUACAACAAGAGAUAUUUUAGUACAACUGCUAAAACGCACGUUUCCAAACAUAGAUUUCUUCAAGCACUUAAAUAUCUUUGCGCCUGAGAUUGAGAGGAAGACACUAUCGCUGGUGCAGCAAAUUAUGAGUCAGAGAGAUUACAAGCCGUCUGGAAGGAACGAUUUUAUCGAUAUGAUGUUGGAACUGAGGCAAAAGGGGAAGAUGGUAGGCGAGUCGGUGGACAAAAGAAACCCAGAUGGUACACCAAAAAUUGUCGAGUUAGAAUUAGAUGAUCAGCUCAUUGCUGCACAAGUAUUUGUGUUCUUCGCGGCUGGAUUCGAAACCUCGUCUUCGUCAAGCAGUUCCUUACUACAUCUGCUCGCUUAUCACCCUGAUGAACAGGAGAAAGUGCAGAAAGAAAUUGACGAAGUUAUGGCCAAGUACGAUGGAAAAUUGUGCUACGAUGCUGUUAAGGAUAUGAAGUAUUUGGAAAUGGCUUUCAAAGAAAGCAUGCGCGUCAUGCCACCCGUUGGCUUCCUAGUCAGGAAGACAGCAGGCAACUACACCUUCCCUGGAACAAACCUCACUCUAGAAGACAGAACUGGUGUGGUCAUCUCCACGCAAGCGUUAUAUGAUGACGAGAAAUAUUUCGAAGACCCGAAGUCCUUCAAGCCUAUGAGAUUCCAUCCUGAUAAUAAGUUUAGGCGAGAUCUGUUCCUGCCGUUUGGAGAUGGACCAAGGGCUUGUAUUGGUGAACGUCUCGGCAUCAUGCAAGCGCUGGCCGGAGUCGCAGCAUUACUCCAUGAGUUUUCAGUAGCACCUUCAAAAAGCAGCAAACGAUACCCUGACAUCGAUCCGACAUCUACUAUCAUACAGAAUGUACUUGGUGGUCUACCUUUGCUACUUGUUAAGAGAAAAAAGUAGAAAAGAUUAGACUUAGUGCUUAAAAUAGUAUAUAUAGCUUAGUGUUAAAAUAGUAUAAGUUCUCUUUAAAUUAUGCUAAAUACGUAAUGUUACCCAACAUAUUUAAAAUAUAGUUAAGAUUAAUGUCAAAUUUAACAAUAACAAUAACGGGGAGUAUUACAGUGACUGCAAAAUGUGUUGACCAGCGUAUUUUUAACAUAGUUUAAAUUUUUCAACAAUAUUUUGAGUAUCGUUACGCUUUUCAGUCGCUUGAAAAACUUGCUAACUUGUAUAUUCGUUGCUAUAUUCAUCCAAAAAUGUAUGGCACUAUUUUUCCAGUGAUCAAAAAUACGACAAUUAUUAGCAGAAUUAUUAUAAUUUGAAAUAAGUAUUAUAUUUUUUUAAAUUUUGUAUAAAUUAUUAAGCAACCAUAGUAAUAUUA